CGAGUCUGGGACUCUAUGUUGGUUAAAAAAUAAAAAAUAUUAGGCCUUAGGUGUGUGUGACUGUGUGAAAGUGUGUGAGGAAACAAUCGAACCGCUGUGUACUGGACUAAAUUCUUUAAAAAUGGGACAAGGCAGUAGUAAGAAGGAAAUGCCAGAUGAUGUUAGAUGGAUGGUGGCAUGUUGUGGUGGUGACCCAGAGUUUGCCAGAAAGUGGAUUGAGAAGGAGGGCUGGGAUGGAAAGUUGAGAGUUGAGCCGCUGACAAAGAUUCAGCAGAAGGUGGAGAUGAAGUUGGUGUAUAAAUCAAAAAGAAAACAAGCUAAAUACAGAAAAGAAUUAGAAGAGUUAAAUAAGUGGAUUAUGCAAGCAAAAAAUAGGGAAAGCCAAAUACAACAGAAGAAGGAUAGAAAGACAGCUACAAUUGCUGCUGUAAAAGUUAAAGCUGAUGAAGAAACUGUUGUAUCCCGUAUGCUUCCUCAAUAUCCUGACCCUAAUCAAAUUCAAGGGGGUGAUGGGGUUCAAGCAGUGGCAUCAGCUGCGCAGGAAGGUGGAGAUAAACCCCAUCACGGUGAAUAUGAACACAGCCAUGCCACUGUUCCUCCUCCAGUAGCCCCACCAUCGUGUGGUGAUAUUGGAGGAGCAGGAGCAGGCCCCCUGUCCGUGUCGUCCUCUGUGGAUGGUAUGGAACUCAGUGACUCUGACCCUUGUGAGCAUGAGUUGGGAGGAUCAGGGAGGGAUGUGAAGCUUGAUUCGAAGUGUUACAGGGAUGAUUAUCAAGUGGAGGCUUGUGGAAGGGGCCCAUCUGCCCCUAUUCAUCCAAGAUUGGCUGAAUUAAAAAAACAAGAACAGGACCAAGAUCCUGGGGAGGGAGCAUGUGCUUUUCCGGUGUUGGAGGUGGCCAACCCUCAUUGUGGUCAACGCACGGGACCCCAAGAUGGUGACCCACUGGAUUGUGGACCCACUGUUCUUGUGUGUGGGCCAUGGACAGAUGCAGAGAUGCAGACUGCCUGUCGAGGUUUACCUCCAGCCAGACAGAACCCAGUUAAAUGGUUCGAGGAUGUUAAAAAUAGAUUGAGAAAAUUCAUGGCAGAAACAGGAAAGCCAUGGGCAGAAAACGAACAAGAUGACAUUGACCCGUUAACUAAGUGGAUGCUGAAGCUUUUCAGCGACAAAACUGUUCGGAAAACAUGUAAUCUGCCUAGUGCUCCUUUUGUUUCCCCACAGGAAGGCCUGAAGCCUGGAGACCGAGUGCUGAUUAAAAUCAUCAAAAGAAAAACUUGGAAAGCUCCGAGGUGGGAAGGACCCUACAUAGGGCAACUAACAACCCCCACCGCUGUGAAAAUCCAGGAGAGAGACACUUGGAUCCACCAGAGUCAUUGUAAACUGAUUAAAAACUUUCCACAGCAAGAAGCCCAAUUAUCUUCACAGGAACCCCAUAACUAAGAGCUGAUGAAGAUAGCUUUACCAUUUAUAGGAUUGUUAAUCAUAUUUUUCCUUUUUAUUUGUUGCUUAAUACCAUGCCUGCAAUCAAUGUUUCAGAAAAUGAUAGGAACCACUCUAAUCCAAUAUUCAGCUAUCAAUUAUGCUCAACUCCGCCGAGAUGCUGAUGAAGAUAAUGAUGAUGAUGAAGUUAUGUAAUCUUUUACAGGGAUAAUGGUCGCCUCCUCGGGAGGGGCUGGGUAGGAAUUUUUUCUCUAUUGGAGAGUUUUUGCCUACUCAAGGGACAGAUUAUUUUUAAAGUUUUUACAUUCUUUUUUACCUUUGUGCUUGAAUUUUCCUUUUAAUAUUGUUGUGUUUUGCAUAUUAAACUUUGAUUACUGAAUUCCCUAUCUGCAAUGCAUUCAUGAUGUAUGUAGUGAAAAUCUUUUUAGAAGUGCUAUAUGCUGAUGU